UUCUCAAGUUUUCUCUUCAUUUCGUGUCUCACCUUAAUUUACAGAUCGUGGAAAAUUAUUUUCCUAAUUCAAAAUGCAAUGUUUCAAAAUUAAAGUUGUAAAAAUUAAAUUAUUGUAACCAUCAUAAACCAGAACUGCGGAAAAUAUAAAAGACAUCCAAAAAGACAAAUUAAAUUCUUAUAAAAAUGACUUCAGCCGUUACUUAUCCACAUUCUCUAACAUCGUCGUCUUGCUUGAUGCUUCCUUAUGGCUAACAGAUUGAUUUGGAUUUUAUAAAAUAUUGUGAAAACUUAACACAACCUGAGUUGAGUGAUGUCGAACUUCAACGCCGACAAAGACGUCGUCAAAGACAAUCUAUGGAAGUGAUGUUGGGGAUUCAGUUAGAAAUGCAACAUCAAAUGGACGAAUUAAGCGAGUUUUGGGAAUCCAAAUCUCAGCCUCCCGAGCCACCUCCAAGAACUCAUAUUCAUUCAAUAGAACCACCAAGUGUGUCAUUUUAUGCCAAACAUCAAAAGCAAGGAGUUUUCAAAGAAUCUCUAAGUUGGGAUCCGUGCAUGAAUGAUGUUGUUCAUGAUUUUGAGAAAACUCUGGAAAGAAGUAAAAAUAGCAAAGAUAAGAAAAGCCGCAGAGGUAAAGACAGAGAAGUAGAACCAGAAAAAUUGAAAACCGGUGAUUGUAUACCAUUAAAGAAACAUUCAAAAUAUCGUGAAGAAGAAGCUUCUGACGUUUCACCUCAAUUUGAUGUUGUUACCGAAUCUGAUGACAAAGGAAAGAAACAAGAAUCUGACAAUGAAAUAAUAGCUCAACGAAGAAUUCGAGAUUUAGAACAGCAGACGAAAUUAAUUCCAUUGCUUCAACUUCAAAUCCAAGCACUGAAAGAUGAAAGACAAUCACUUCAAUCAAUGUUGGAAUCUCGAGCAUCUUCAUCAUCUUCCACGUCUCCCCAACAACAUCAACCUGUUUUCCAGGCACAUCGUGUCAGCCCAGUCAGCCUAAAUUCUUAUAAAUUGCCUCCUGUGACGAUUCCAAAAAGAACUGUUGGAACGAGCACUGUCUGUGUUUUGCAACGAGAUGUUGGAUGUUCUCCUGCUGAUACAACAGCAAAGACAACCCAACGAGGUACAAUUACUGAUUUUUCUAUGAAAAUAGAAGGAGAUGGAGGAAGAUUUUAUACUGAAAAGGAUUUGAAAAAAGCGAUCGAAAUGGCACAUGCAAAAAUGAGAAAAGUUUCAGUAACUGUAGGGACACAGUGUCUUGAAGCUAUUAAAGAAAAACCACAACAACGCACGAUCGGAUGUGGAUCAUUGACAUUGCCUUCCAAAAAUGCUUCAUGUAAUACUGAUGAACAAAAUUUAUCAAAGACAAUGGUAAGUGGCAUAGAUAUCAAGUCGACAAUCAACGAUUUCCGAUCAUCAUUUGUAACAACACCAGUCAAAAACUUGACUAUCGAGCCAUUAGCUAACAUAAAACAACCGCUGAUGACAACUACUGUGAAAGGAAUUAGUAUUGCACCUGAACCAGCUGAAAAUAGCGAUGCAGAUACGAAAUCACUUCCAAUGUUAUCAAAAUUGUCACUUAAAGAUUUGAACAAGAUGCCACUUGCCAGAUCAAAUGCCACACAAACGAUAAAUCCUUCGAUGUAUCAUCAAAGUACACAAUCUACGCCAUGUGUUGUAAACAAAACUACUGACUCAAAUGAUUUGUUCAGAUUAGCACACAAAAUGUCAAUGACAGAGUCGGCACAGAAACGCGAUCAAAUAACUCAUACCACGGAUCUAGUAAAAGUUCAUCAAAUGGGAGUAAACACAAUUCAACCUGUACUUCCGAUCAAACGUUCAACAGCUUCAAACACAACUUCAGUUACCACGAAAAAUGUUGGCAUAAACUGUGACACUCAACAUCAUAUCUUGGAAGCUCCGAAUUUGUUCCAAAGUAGUUCAAAAAUUCCACGACCAAGUCCUACAACUCCAAGAAAAUUUGUGAGGCAGGAAACUUUUACAGUGACACAAAAUAUCUUAAAAUCUGAUGACAUUGACAUUAAAGAAUGUCCAGCGGAAAAGUUGUUGAAAUUAACGAUGACACAAUCCAAGCAUACAAGUUCUGAAGACAAGAAUGAGAAACAAAAUAAUGAAAGCAAUCUCGAGAUGCAUAAAGAUCUAAUUGAUGAACCAGUGAAAGACUCACCAUCAGAAGCACUUCCAGAACAACCUUCUGCACUUGAAACUUCUAAAAUGCCAAUGUCACCGUCUAUUGAAUAUCUCGACGACGAUGACUUUGACGAAGAAGAAGAUGUUGAUGAUAAGUUUAAUGAUGAACAAGUUUUUAUGAAUAUGCCAUUAAGACCGCCACCUACGUCAAUCAGCACAAUUCGUCUCAGUCAACAAAAUCGAAUUAAAAUUAAACCAUCAAAAGAAAUGAUUGCAGCAUUGAAAGUGUUGAAUGAUCAUCUUCAAAAAUCACCUGAACCAAAUGAAACUCAAAUUCGUAAUGCACGUGAAGUUGGGUCUUGUGAAUGGUUUAAAAUCUCAAGCACAGAAUUAGCGACUUCAGAUAAUGUUGAGGAUUAUUUGGAUUUUUUCGAGGAGCAAUCGUGGGAUUUAUUAACAUUUAUGGUGAAUUUAGCUGAUAAAAAUGGAAACACCGCUUUGCAUUAUGCAGUGUCGCAUGGAAACUUUGACGUCGUUUCAAUUCUUUUAGAUUCAAAGGUGACAAGCAUCAAUCAAACUAAUAAUGCUGGAUACACUUGUGUGAUGUUGGUUUCUCUCGCCAAACUUCUUGUUCCAGAACAUCGAACUGUUGUUCAAAGGCUUUUUAAAUUGGCUGAUGUGAAUAUUCGUGCAACAAAGAACUCGCAAACAGCUUUAAUGUUGGCAGUUUCUCAUGGAAAUUUAACAAUUGCUUCAAUGCUUGUUGAGGCAUCAGCUGAUAUAAAUAUUCAAGAUGAUGAUGGCUCAACUGCGUUGAUGUGUGCAGCUGAGCAUGGUUAUUUAGAUAUUGUUAAAUUUCUUCUUGCUCAACCAGAUUGCGAUUCAACAAAAGUUGAUGUGGAUGGAAAUACCGCUUUGAAAAUAUCACUUGAAGCUGGUUAUCAUGAUAUUGGAUUAUUUUUAACAGAAAACCAGGUACAUUUUCAGAUCUCUUUUUGUAAUUUUUUCAUGGGCUCAUCAGCAUCAUCGACUAACAGAAAAAGUGAUUUAUCAACCUCUCCUGAAGUACCUGUGAUGUCAAUGCCAUUAACACAACAAACAGUAGUAACGUCCUCAAAAGCAGUGGGAACAUCAUGUGGUCCAAAACCUCUGAAAGGAAUUCUUAAAAACAAAAAAGCUGUAAUCGAAGAGAAGCCUGUGAAAAUAGUAGAAAUUUAUGUAUUGAAAGGAUCCGACUGGAAGGUAACUCGUGUGAGAGAAGAUGAAGUCGAAAAGCGAAAGAAGGAAUUAAAAUCAGAUAAAAGUGUCAAACGUGUCUACACUAAACCAACUCAAGAUCAGACGUUUCUCCAUUAUCAACCAUUUUGAUUCUCAUGGCAUAUCUAAAUAUUAGAGCUUAUGUUACUUUUAUUAAAGGUUGUACAGACAUCCGUUCAUCGUACCGCGUAGCUUUAUAAAUGAGUGAAAAACUUUUGUCUUAUAUUUCUAAAAUAUUUAGUUGUUAGUUAAAUUAAAUCAAGAAAAGUAAAUAAUUUUAUUUUUAUAACA